CCUCGGCCCCUUGGAGAGGCAGCCGAGCUGCGGCGGCGCAGGAGGGGGCGGGUUCAGCGAGGGCGCGGCCUCUGAGGGGGGGCGCACGACACGCAUCCCCCGCGAUCGCCCCGGCCACUCGGGAGCCUCGCAGCAACCCAGCGCCCCACUUGGCCAUCCGCUCCUUGCCCGCCUCCUCUUGUCACCUCCCGUCUCAUCCUUCUCGCUCCUUCCCCGCCGCAUACACCGCCAUCCGAGUGCCUCAGAGAGCCGGAGGUGGUGUGCGGGGCUGCAGGGCAAGACUUCAAGCGGUCCUCAGCUCCGCACUAGGGGUCACGGGCAACAGCAUGGACACCAAGCGCUGCUUCGCCAAUCGCUUCGAUGACUACCAGGGCAGCCUGCUGGCGGGCCAGUGUGAGGAGGCGGUGGCGCCCUUGGUCACCGCCACCAUCGAGCGCAUCCUCCAGGAGCUUCCCCCACUCGGGGGCGGCGCGGAGGCCCGAGGGGCGACGGCCGGGGCUAGCGCCUGCCAGGGGGGGCUUUAUGGCGGCGUGGCCGGAGUGGCGUAUAUGCUCUACCACGUCUCGCAGAGCCCGCUUUUCGCCACGGCCCGGGAACGCUACCUGCGCUCGGCUAAGCGCCUCAUCGACGCGUGCGCCCGCGCUGAGGAGUGGGGCGAACCGGACGCCGACACCCGCGCUGCCUUCCUGCUUGGGGGCGCGGGCGUGUACACGGUGGCCACGCUCGUAUACCACGCCCUGGGCCGGUCCGACUACGUGCAGCCGCUGGGCAAGUUCCGGGCUCUGUGUGCCGUCUGCGCGCCGGUCUCCUUCCUGGAGUGCGGCUCCGACGAGCUGUUCGUGGGCCGCGCGGGCUACCUGUGUGCCGCGCUGGUGCUCAAGCAGAAACUCGCCCAGGAGGUGCUGACUCCAGCACAGAUCAAGUCAAUUUGUCAGGCAAUUCUGGACUCUGGGAAGCAGUAUGCCAUAAAGAAGAGGAAACCAUUCCCCCUGAUGUAUUCUUACUAUGGAACCGAAUACUUGGGGGCAGCUCAUGGCUUGUCGUCUAUUCUUCAGAUGCUUCUUUCUUACCAUGAGCAUCUCAAGCCCUCAGAUCGGGAAUUGGUAUGGCAGAGCGUGGACUUUCUCAUGGAACAGGAACAAAACUGCAACUGGCCACCUGAGCUCGGCGAGACCAUCGAGAGAGAGAAUGAGCUGGUGCACUGGUGCCAUGGCGCUCCAGGAAUUGCCUAUCUGUUUGCCAAAGCUUAUCUGGUUUCCAAGAAACCGCAGUACCUGGACACGUGUAUUCGGUGUGGGGAACUCACAUGGCAGAAAGGCCUGCUAAAGAAGGGGCCUGGGAUUUGCCAUGGAGUAGCCGGCAGUGCCUAUGUCUUCCUGCUGCUGUACCGGCUCACGGGAAACUCUAAAUACAUCUACCGAGCUCAAAGGUUUGCUCAAUUCUUAUUUACCGAGGAAUUCAAGGCCGGUUCUCGGGUCCUUGAAAGUAUAUACAGCUUGUAUGAAGGCUUCUCUGGGACAGUGUGCUUUCUGAUUGACCUGCUGCAGCCCAGUCAGGCUGAAUUCCCACUCUUCAGCGUCUUUGUUUAGAAGGCUCCAUCUUCCACUGUGGCCCUGCAGAGAUCCCCUGAGCCAAGCCGAGGCAGUUUCCACAUAAGCCACAUUCAAUGGUAUCGCAACCAUGAGCCUUAACAUUGCCACCAGAAGGAAGGAAUCAGGCAGGUGAAAGAAACAUGAUGCCAGAUUUGAGAAAGCAUCUGCGAAAUAAAGAUACCACAACUCAUCUCAAAACUGCAGAGAUUUCAUGUGUCAGGGAGUAGAUGUGAAACAAGGGAUCAUAGGAAAAGGGGAAAGAGAAAUGAUCUGUUUUCAGUUAUGACAUAGAAAACCAAACUGCAAGUGUGGACUAUGACAAAAAAUACGCUAAUACCUUUGCAAUCUGAAUGAGAAUUUGACCAUUUGUGUGUGCCCUCUACCCUUAAAUUCAGAAAUAAAGGCAAUAAAAAAUUAAAAUAAUUGCCCAGCUGAAAACUGCUAUGAGGGAUGAAUUGUCAGGUUGCUGAAGUAUAAAAAUAAACUCUUGGUUGUCCUGUGCUUAUACUUAUUGAAAUUUAUGGUUUUUACUGAGUAAAGAUAUUUGCAUAUGAAUCUCUAUUUUUUUUCAUUACCCUGGGCAAUUUAAAGAAAUCAUAUCAUAGCUUAGUUCAGAUACUAAAAUUUGAAGUUUUCUUAGGCCUUAGAACAUCUCUUUUCCUGGUUCCUUUUUUUUCCUCAAAGCUCAAUUAGAAUAGCAAAAUUUAUAAGCUAGUAAACUUAUACUAUAGCAAGUGUUGCUGUAAAGUGUUUUUCUCGAUAGGAAGUGUGAACUGUGUAUUGUCUAUUGUUAAUAAUUUUUAAAAUGCCUCUAUGUACAUAAUCUUGAUGGAGCUAUUAGCUAAACUAUAAAAUAUACUCUUGGUAAAUAUCACUAAUUUCAAAGAUCGGGGAACCACUACAAAGAUGUGUCAUUUCUGCCUUUGGGACAGGCAGACAGGCUGAGGAAGUCACCAGUGAUUGUGGAAAUAAUUUUACUCCAUUUUAUAGUAUUAAAUGAAGAGAUGAGUGAAUUCUGUGGUUGGUUACCUUACCUUCCAAGAUACAGGGUCCACUAGAAAUUGGCUGUAAUACUCAUUGAGCCAAGUUGUCAUAUCAAAUUCAACCCUGCUGUAAACACAUAGAAGUUGUGAAACUGCUUCAAGCAAAUAGUGGUUUGCAGAACACUAUAGGAGCAUCUGUCACUUCAUUAUGCAGAGCAUAAGUUGACCCUUUUCCUAGAAUUUUGUCAGUGGCAAUUGCAUAUAUCAGAUUGACUAGGAAAUUGUGUACUGUAUAAGACUUAUUUAAAUAGUCAUUAAAUAGUUGGAUAUAUUGUGUGUGUGUGUGUGUGUAUGGUGGGUAUUCCAUAUCUAUUCCCAUGUAAAUCCAAAUACUUAUUCUUUAUUUCAGUAAUUCUUAACUUGAAUCAUAGACUUUAGAACGAGUUAGGGAAUGCUCUGUUGCCUAAAAAGCAAACCUACAAGUAUGUUGGUGUGUGUAUGUGUAUGGACCAGUUUGUUUGUGUGUGUGUGUUCAUUUUGAGGGGACAAGGAUCUCUAGCAUUCAUAACAUUCUCAAAGGAUCUGACCAAAGAAAGGUAACAACUAUCUUUGUGUAUUUUAUGACUGUGUAUGUUUGCACUUAUUGCAAUA